GCUGCAACAGAGUGUGACGCGUGGGUUUGUCCGCUAGGGGGCGUGUUGCCUUGGAGAGGGAGGGUGUGUGCGUUCCCGCAGCAACAGGGAAGAUGGCAGCUCUCACAUCUCUCACCCAGUUGUCAAGUGGGAACCCUGUAUAUGAAAACUUUUACAGACAGGUGGAUCCCGGUAAUACAGGGAGAGUAGGACCGACAGAAGCUGCCUUGUUCUUAAAGAAGUCUGGGCUCCCUGACAUCACAUUGGGGAAGAUCUGGGAUUUGGCCGACCCCGAUGGCAAAGGCUACCUGGACAAACAGGGGUUUUAUGUAGCUCUGCGGCUGGUGGCCUGCGCUCAGAGCGGACAGGAAGUCAGUCUGUCCAGUCUCAACCUCACAAUCCCUCCCCCCAAGUUUAAGGACACCAGCAGUCCGUCUCUAAGCAACACAGCUUCAGUCCCCAGUGAGCCACACUGGGCUGUCAGGCCUGAGGAGAAGAGUAAGUUUGAUGGGAUUUUUGAAAGCCUGGUUCCGGUCAAUGGGCUGCUGUCAGGAGAGAAGGUCAAACCGGUCCUGAUCAACUCCAAACUACCUCUGGACGUCCUGGGGAAGGUUUGGGACCUCAGUGACAUCGACAAAGAUGGGCAUCUGGACAAAGAUGAGUUUGCAGUUGCGAUGCACCUGGUGUACCGGGCCCUGGAGAAGGAGCCGGUCCCUGCACUCCUCCCCUCCUCCCUCAUCCCUCCGUCUAAGAGAAAGAAGAGCCUGGGUUCGGUGCCCGGCACGGUGCCCGGUCUGCCCGCCAGCCCUCCGCCACCCAAAGACUCACUGCGCUCCACACCCUCCCACGGCAGCAUGAACUCCCUCAACAGCACCGGCAGCCUGUCGCCCAAACACACACUCAAGUCUGGGCAGCAUUCGGUGAACUGGGUUGUCCCGGUGUCAGACCGUAGUCGCUAUGACGACAUCUUCCUGAAGACAGAUGCUGACCUGGACGGCUUUGUGAGCGGACAGGAAGUCAAGGACAUCUUCAUGCACUCUGGACUUCCUCAGAACAUCCUUGCCCAUAUAUGGGCUCUGGCAGACACCAGACAGAUAGGGAAGCUGACCCGGGAGCAGUUUGCCCUCGCCAUGCACUUCAUCCAGCAGAAAGUCAGUAAGGGCAUCGACCCUCCACAGGCCCUCACCGCCGACAUGAUCCCCCCCUCCGAGAGAGGCACGCCUGUGGCGAGUAUGUCGGGCUACAUGACCCCUGUGGGAUCAGAGAUGGCUGCUCUGUCGGAGAUGAGACGGGACAGCUCCAGCUCGGUGGGUUCAGGGGAGUUUACCGGCAUCAAGGAGCUGGACGACAUCAGCCAGGAGAUCGCACAGUUGCAGAGCACUCUUGCUUUUACCCAGUGGAAUAUCCUCAGGGAGAAGUACACUCUGGAGCAGGACAUCAGGGAGACAGAAGAAGCCAUCAGACAUAAGACGGCAGAGGUUCAGGAGAUGCAGAACGACCUGGACCGGGAGACUGCCAGCCUGCAGGAGCUGGAGGCCCAGAAACAAGACGCACAGGACCGGCUGGAGGAGAUGGACCAGCAGAAACACAAACUGGAGGACAUGCUGAACGAAGUCCGCAUCAAAUGCCAGGAGGAGUCUCAGAUGAUCUCCUCCCUGCAGAGCCAGAUCCACUCCCAGGAGUCGGACCUGCAGAGCCAGGAAGAGGAGCUGAGCCGGGCCAAGGCCGACCUGGGCCGCCUGCAGCAGGAGGAGAACCAGCUGGAGCAGAGCCUGGCGGCAGGAAAGAUCCAGCUGGAGACGAUUAUCAAGUCCUUGAAGGCAACGCAGGACGAGAUCAACCAGGCUCGCAGUAAGCUGUCGCAGAUCCAGGACAGCCAGCAAGAAGUGUCUAAAAGCAUCGAGCAGUACAACAGCACCUUGAACGGGACGCACGGCGGCAGCAUGACCAACCUGGCCGACAUGAGCGAGGGCUUCAGCGACAGAGAGAACGGAGGAUUCCCAUCCAUGGUGAGACCUGCACAGGAGGAUCCGUUCAAGGUGAAGCCAUCUGUGUUCAAUAGCCAGCCUCAGGAGCUUCACACUGACCCCUUCCACUCUGAAGACCCCUUCAAAACGGAUCCCUUCAAAGGUGACCCUUUCCAAAACGAUCCCUUUGCAAAGCAGCCCUCGGCAUCCACAGAUCCUUUUGGAGGAGAUCCGUUCAAAGAGGCAGAUCCCUUCAAGGCCUCGUCAGAAGAUUUUUUCAAGAAGACCACAAAGACGGAUCCUUUCUCCACGCCAGACCCUUUCAGUAAAAGUGCCACGUUACCCUCCAAGCAAACCAGUCACUUCACAAGCAAUGACCCCUUCUCUUCGACCAGCCCAAAACCCAAAGGAUCAGACCUGUUCGGUACGUUGGACCCGUUCGGCAGCAGUUCGUUCGGCGGCAGUAGUAACAGCACCGGGGGAUUCGCAGACUUCAGCCACAUGUCCAAACCCAGAGACCCGUUUGAAGGCAGAGCCAGCUGGCUGCCGGACUACCAGAAGUCGGGUUUUGUGGACGACCCUUUCAGCAGGAAGAAUGACACACCGGCUCUACCACCGAAGAAGAGUGUUCCUCCAAGGCCCAAACCUCCCAGCGGUAAAAGCACGCCAGUGAGCAUGUCCACCGCGGGCGACCCCUCCAAGCCCUGCGACCCCUUCCAGCCGUUCGGGAGUGACGCCGUCGACCCCUUCCAGAGUAAAAAGGGCCUGGCGGAUCCGUUCAGCGGCAAAGACCCUUUCGCCCCGUCCUCGGCAACAAGUAAAGCCCCUAAAGACUCAUCUGUGGGUUUUGCAGACUUCACCUCUUUUGGGAACGAGGCUCAGCAGCUGGAGUGGGCGAAGCGGGAGAGCGAGCGAGCUGAGCGAGAGCGUCUGAAGAGGCUCCGGCAGCAGGAGCAGGAGGACCUGGAGCUGGCCAUCGCCCUGAGCAAGGCCGAGAUGUCCAACGCAUGACCUGGAACACACACACACACACACACACACACACACACACACACACACACACACACAGAGCACAUCACAUAGACAAGCUAACAUGCAAACUGACUAGGGCUGCACGAUAUGCCGUUCCAGCAUCAACAUGGCGACAUUACAGUGACAGGACAGGCGCUGUCGAGUGAGGCAAAUGAACUCAAUUUUGUCUGAUUUAAGAGUUCAAGAUUCAAGAUUCAAGAUUCAAGAUGCUUUAUUGUCAGUUCUGCAGUUAUAUGCCAGACAUACAGAGAAUCGAAAAAAAAAAAAAAAACAUUUCACUCUGAUCUUCAGGGUUCUUGGAUGCACAGAGUUUGUAUAUCAAACAACCAAAGCCCUAAUGUAUGAAACGUGAAAACACACGCGCUCAAAACCUGCAGUAUCCAGGUCUUUGCGUAAUCACAUCUUACUGGCAUAUAGAUCAAUUGUUUUAUUUUAUUUUUAUUUAUCUUUUUUUAGUCUGGAAGGUCCCAUUGAGGUAAAAGAUCUCUCGUUCCAGGGAGUCCUGGUCAAGAUGGCAGCACAGUCACUUUCACAUGCAAAUCUGUUGCUGCUUGACUUGGACAGUUUUCCCAUCCUCGGCCGCGCCGGGAGGCCUGUUUAUCAGAUUAAACACACGGGUUUCCAUUUGAACAGAUUACAUGGAAAUAACACAACUGUGACACAGAGGUCUGUGUGUAAAGUUUAUUAAGAAACAUGUCGUUUUUCCCAAAUACAUUUCCACCUGUUCCUUCUCCACAUGAUGCAGAAGGGGGGUUUGUUUUGUUUUAUUAGAACAGGAUGGACUUUUAAAGUGUCCAAAUUAUGAAAACUAUUAUUUUUAAUUGAAUAUCUGUACAUCCAUAACACACUGCAUGUGUCUGGUGAAAUUCCCUGUAUUUUUUUAAUAUUGCAACACAUAAAUAUCACAGGAGGAAAAAAAAAUGUUGCAAUGUCGGUUAAUUCCAAUAUCGUGCAGCCCUAAUACUGACAAACACACACACGCACACACACACACACACCGUGUAGACCUGACCAACAUCUUAAUAUUCAGAUAGACACAAAGCACAUCAAUGGACUGUCAUUCUGAUGUUCAUACAAACUUGUACACAUGUAAACACACACACACACACACACACAACCUCCGCAACAUGCAUUCCCCAACACUGAGCGACUCAGUUAAAGAAGGAAAACGAGAGAGAGAAGAAAUAAAAAAGGAAAAACUAAACCGAAGUUCCAGGCGGGUUCGGGCGCUGAAAGAAAAAAACAAACAUCCGAACUGUUGAGGAGCGACGGCGGAGCGAUGGCAGGGAAUCUCUGCUGCCGAUGUGGACUGACGGAAAACUGAAGGACGGGAAGGAAGAUGUGAGAAAGAGCUGUUCAACAGACUGAUGCACCGUGUGUGGACGCACCAUAGCGGCCGGACGGCGUCGCCAUGGUGACGCAACGUCCGGCGUCAACGGCCGGAGCCACGCUCAAGGAAUACUUUGAAUAUUUUGAAUUUCAGUCCGUUUUUCCUCUGGAGCUCGGGUUACAUGGUAGGGAAAAUGAGACAAGCGAGGAAACGCUCUGUGAGCCAGCGAGCAGCUAACAGGGUCUAACAAGGGUCAGUGCAGAAGCUUUUUCCCCCCCACAGUGUAAAAACGCUCCUGAUGGAAAAAAAAAAACAAGAUGCUAGAAGUCCAAAUGACAAGGUAUUUCCUUAAAGGGACAGUUCAUCCAAAACACAAGGGAAGAUAUUUACCUGUUAGUGCGCUCUAUCCAUCCAGAUAGUUCCUGUGUGAUUUGGCGAGGUUUCCGGUUUGUCUCCUGACACCUGCCAGAAGUUUCCACAUGGAAACCUCACCAGCGACACAGAUACUCACCAUAAUCCACAACCCCGAAGGGAACUAUUUCCAGCCGAAGAACACCAGCAGUCUGUAUCUGUCCGCCUCUGGUUUGUUCUCAUCGGGCGAGGACAGAUCGGAGUUCUUUGGCAGGAAAAAGCUCCAAACAAACCUCCUCACACCAGAAGACUGUGAAAUAUAUCAGGUGUGUGUUAUUGUCUUUGGAAAGAUCUGUCACUGUUUUUCACGUGUAAAUUUUCGACAGUUUGAGCUCCGCAAAACGACACGAGGAAGGUCCCGGCCGGCUGGAAACCUCUCCAGAUCAAACACAAACUCUGCCUGCUUUGAGAGACUGCAGCAGAGAAAAGUGGGAAAACGUCCCAUUUUGUAUUUUGGGUGAACUGCUCCUUUAAGAAGGGAUUUUCUUUUUUUUCCUAAAAUUGAAUACGAUGGAGAUGGAUGUAUCAUUGAGCUGGUGAUGAUACAGACCAUGUCAGCUGGUACUCAGUAUUGAGUUGUUAUGCUGGUGGGGUUCUGUUUUUUUAAGAAAACAAACAAACAACAAGCUGUUUGUUUGUUUGUUUGUUUAGUAUUUGGGUUACGAAUGUGAAGGAACCGCUUGGAGAAGACCGGCUUCGACGUUUUUCGCGGAUCAAGAAAUAUUCUUUCUCUCUCUUUUCUUUUUUCUCUCUUUUUGUUUUUAAACUCAGAAACACACCAGGAUCUACCGUUUAAAAAACAAAAAAAACAAACAGACUAACUUUUCGCCAUGAAGUCAAGAGCAUUUAUUUUUCUCUGCAACGUGGAUUCAGUUUUGAGACGGGCCGGCGGGAGGCUCCUCGCUCGCCUCCUCGAAGCUCAGCGGCUCCUCCUCCGGUGUGAUAAAAAAGAAAAGUUUUAGCCGACAUUUGCAGAAUACGUCGACGCGUCAGGCUGUCGGUUUCGCUCUCCUGGUGCUUGUCACGUCACGAGAGGGGAAAACCUCUAGUCAUUCCUCAGCUAACCUUAAAAAAAAAAAAAUUAAAAAAAAAAGAGUUAAAGCCUUGAUCAUGAGUUAGUCAACACUGGUUCUCUAGGAAGUCCAAGCACCAGGUGAAUGAAAGUGACAGAGUGAAACUGAAAACGUCUUCGUAUCCUUUCCUUUUAACUGACAGUAACAAAUUGUACAGAUAUAUUUUCUUUGUCUGCAAGUGUCAGACUGUACUGCCGAGGGCUUCGGUGCGAUGAGCUGCGGUACUUUCUCUCGCUGACUGUCCUGUGUACAUAAAAAAAAAUAAUAAUGAUAAUGAUAAUAAUGAUAAUGGAGCUAACUAUGCCUCUUCUCGACAGCUGUACUCUGAUCACGAUGCUGUGACUCCACACUACAUCCCACAACCCGAAAGGCACCAUGAGGGAAUUUUACCUUUUUCUACAUUUUACCUUUGUUUUCAUUUUAGAGAGCAAUGAUUUUUUUUUUUUUUUUUGUUCAUGAUGUGAUAAUUAUUUUAUUCAUUUUGACUUUUUUUUGUUUUAAAAGCGCAUCAGAAAGUUUAUAUUGUCUUUUUCUGUGUGGUUAUGAUUUGUAGUUCAGACUAGUCACCUUCAACAAGCACAAGCUGCAGAGAGCUCUGGAAAGGUUUGGAAGCGUACUGAAACCCGCUCACCCGACGCUGUCACUGAAAAAAACUGGAAGUAUGUGAACUUUUUUUUUUUUGACUUUUUGCGGUAUGAUGUGUCAUAGUUUGGUGUCGCAACAUGGGCUCAACCACUCGCUAUCUUGUUUUUAUCUGAAUUGUCCCUUUACUUGAAGCGGUAGCUACAGCUUCGCUCCGGUGAAACUUUGAAAACCCGGAAAGCCGAGUCGAUCCCGCUCGGCCGCUUUACUCAAAGCCCCUCUGUUGUAGGUUCAAACGUCAUUUUGUAUUUUAUAUAUACGCAUUUAAUGUAUUGUGUGUGUGUGUGUGUGCGUGCGUGUGUGUGUGUGUGUGUGUGUGUGUGUCCAUGACCAAUCAUAAGCUUCAGUCAGUGUUUUUGCCAUUUGUGUGCCCCCCUGCUGGGACUCGUCUCUUAGCCAUAUGUGAAACAGUAGUGAUCAUUUAACCGUUCCUCUGAGGGGACGCCUUGACAUUUUGACGUGUUAAUUUUCAUUAUCAUGCAGGUGCGAUCAUGUCGAGAAACAAUUUCACACACUUGGUUUAGUCUAAAUAAGUUAUUAGCAUUGGAACAAAAUUAUUCUGGUGGAGUGCAAAACCCAAAAUCCAGUUCCACUUUGUCAAGUCAAGGACGAUAAAAUGCACCUGGAUGUGAUGUGAGCCAAUGAACAGGUGAAACGUGAGGAUUUGACCGUUUGAGAUGCUCUACCUUGCUCACACUUUUGAAUUUGUCGGCAUUGUUGGCGUUCAUCGGGUCCCGGUAACACACCAACAGGCUGUCGUACCUUUUACCCUGCGACGGGACGGGCGCCUUGUGAGGAAAAUUAGCAGGUUCUCAUUCAAAACGUCAAGGCGUUUCGUCGACUUUCCCUAAAGGUUUGCUCACGGUCGACCUGGAAAAUGCUGAGCUGACAGCACGGGGGUGGACUCGCACUGCAGGAUGUGCUCAGCUCGUUCAGUGUUAAAGCCGCUUCCUAAUCACCAGAUUUAACAAGAUCACGGUGCAGAGGAAGUGUCUGUCCAAAUCAGCGGGACAACACUUUCACUUAGAUGUUAUAAAUGAGUGGAUUUGUCUCGUCAGGCGAAACAAGAGUUAAAUUCUUGCAGUGUGUCUCCACAAAAUUGGGUUGAAAAGAUUAUAAAAAAUAAUCAUGUUUGGUCGUUGAUGCUGCCAGAUAGAAAUGCAAACUGCCUCUCCCUGACUUUUUUUGUUUACAUAUCAUGAAAACUUGCUGUAGCUGUUACAGAGUGUGUUAAUGUGUGAGAGGAGUCUCACUGGUACACGCUCCACUUUUCCCUCCUCUGUGACCUGGACUCAUCUAGAUCUCCUUAGCUUUGUUCCAGCCUUAACCAUUUAAAAAGGAAUACACUGACAUUUUGAAUCGUGUUCUGGUCGCACUGUGGCGGAAACGUUUCUACAUGAAAAAAAACCCAAAAAACUCCAUUAGAUCUGUUUGUUUUUCCCAUUGAAAUCAACGGGGGACUGCUAGCCACCAGCUAACGAGGUAGCUCGUUGCCACCAGCGCCCAUUUGUGUGAAUGCAGAAUGUCAACAUUGUUAGUCAGGUAUUUUUCGGUUAACUGAAGUGCCACUUAGGAGACGUUUUCGCCGCAGCGUGUCGGGCACGGCGGGCAGGGGGGGAAUCAGACCGACGUGCAAAAUGUCAGAGUAUCCCUUUAAAAGUGAGUCUGCGUCUGUCUGUGGUGUUGUAAUCACAGCCAGAUGUCUUGGCCGCGUUCUGAAAGCAAAAACAUUGUGAAACGUGCAGAUAGAAACAGGAAUCUAUCAUGUAGAACAGAUGUGUCUGUAGCAGGAGGCGGAGGCGGCGAUACCUGCCGCUCCGGGACCGCAUCCGGGCAACAAUCAGCUUUACCAGGGAAUUUCUGUGGGAAUCUGGUGACUUGUGCUGUUUCAGUGAACCAGCAGUGAGGCGCACUUUAUCACGGAUCAUAACUGAGAUCACAACUGGUGUCUUAUUUGGUACAGAAACCAGUUUUCCUGUGUAAAACAGUAAUACUUAUGCCAUCAUGUAGAGUAUGUCUAUGGAUAUUCUCAUUUAUCCAGGUCAUCGUUCUCUUUGGGCAAAAAUGAAUCGUAUUGAAUCCAGUUGCCUACGAUUCAUUUUUGCCCAAAGAGGAUCAUGUAGAGUAGUUUAAAAAAGUAAAAUAGCAGGUAUUACAGGUAAAAUGAGCUUCCCUUAAACAUCCUAAUCAGCUCUCACCUAUUGCAAAUUACAUUUAAAAAGGUGCUGUAAGUUGCAUUUUAUAUAAUCAAUAAAUCACUCCCAUGCCAAGUUAAGACAUAAGUAUAAUAUAUAAUUCCCCUGGGUUGCUUUACCGCACGUUGUCAUGGGGUUUUAUGGCACAAAGCAGGAGUCAAACACAGCUUUCAAAUUAAGGUGAGCUCACCUGGACAGUUUGAAUCAGUUCUUUUAUCGGGUCUCAUCCUCCUCCUGGCUUUUAGAAAAACAAAUCUGUGAAUGUCUGGGAGGUGAGAUAAGCGUCCUCUUGGUGACAGGAAAUGAUGGGAAGUGUGGUUUUGAAUCUUGAGAAACGUUUGUCGCACCUUGAAAACAGACAACUCUGAUAACAGGAAGUCGGCGGUCAUGAUUACACGUUUUUCUGAGAUCCGUGACGAACGUGCGCCUCAUUUGUUUUGAAACACCUAGCUGUAAUUCAUUGGCUCAGCAUGAGUUGUCCUCCCCAACAGAAGAGUGGAUUUUCACUCCUGUCCCGUCACAAUCCCAGAACAGUGACCCCCCCCCCCCCGUCCCGUCCUGUUCCCUCUCUUAGUUUACCUUGUGCUCUUCUGGGGAGUUUUUCUUUUUUUUUUUAAUUCACACCAUAGAAACUGACCCGUUGUGAUUAUGACUCACGUCCUGCCCGCUCCUGCUGACGUUGUUUCCCCCGUCACAUGACGUGCGGUCAAAUGGACUCCCAUCCCGCGGGAAUCCCACAGGCGUCCCGACAGAAAUCGCCCGCCUCUGCAGACACAUCCGCUCCCCUGGCCUGUCUCUGCCUGAGCGUCGUACCUCAGUCACUCCUCUGCUGUGCUUUGAGUUGUACCAUCACUCAUGCUGUAUUUUGUCUUCGAUACCUCCAUUGUGCAAUAGAUAUUGUUUAUUUUUUAUUGUUUGUUUGUGUCCUGAGUUACCUGUGAAUCCACAAUGAUGUUUUUUGAUAUGUAACAUAUGCUUUUUUUUAAAAAAACAAAUAUGAUUAUUUAAGCGCCCGCCACCGCCCUGAUGAUGUUGUGGAGGAUCUUCAUGCUUUUAUUUCCUCCUGCUGGCUACAGAAUCUAAAAAAAAAAAAGUUUCAUUCCAAAAUGCUGGAAAAAAAAAAAAUACAGUAUGGGGAUGUUCAUUACUCAGUAUUUUAAAUUGAAAGUGAAUAUUUUAGUUGAGCUUUUCCUUCCAUGUGAGCAAUCACUUUUUGAAACAUUGAGGUUUGCUGUUUGCUUUUUCAAACGGUCGACAUUUCAUUUUGGAAUGAAGCCCUCGACUUUUGUUAUCUAGGACGUGCCGAGGCCUGAUAGUAAGCAGUGGAAACAGAUUGUUGGGGACUUGUUUCAUUCUUAUUUUCAUGUUUUCUUUUUCUUGGAUUUAUUUGUACUGGAUCUCCGAAGCUUGAUGCAUUCCUGUUCCCACAUUUGGCCUGCCUUCGACCUCCCUUCCUCCCGUGUAGGUGAAAUAAUCCGAGCUGUCUUUAUUAUUAAGAUGCUUACGGUGUGUGUACAAUCUGUAUAGUACAAUGUCUGUUAUAUUUGUCCCAUACGAAGUGGAGAAGAAAAAAGCUGAAGUGUAACUUGAUUAAAACAAAAAAAAAAAAAAAAAAAAAAAGGCAUCUGGAGGAUUGAUUACAAUUAAACUAAUAGAUGAAAAGAGAACAGAGGCUUGGGUUUAUUUUGAAUAGUGAUCCUCUCUCCAUGGUCUGUACUGUUUACUAGAAUAAAUAUUUCAGUUAAAUGAGA